GAAUUUUAUACUUGAUUAUUAAGUUGACAUUAAAUUGCUUGCCAAUUUAAAGUGGAACGUUAUUUUUUAUGCCGUGACGUGGCGCUUGACUCAUAGAUCUUUUUGUAGAUUUCAGCGUGACUUUAACCAUCAAGUAUUUAGUUUAAGAACAUUUUUGGAUGAUACAGACUUAGUUUCAGUUAAACUAAAAGAAACAACAGCAACGUGUACAUGUGGGGGUCCAUCGGAAACACGUAUUCAAUGGGUGACAUGUUGGUAGAUGACCAGGUGUGCGGAGUUUGUGCCAAUCAUGGAUUUGGCAUACGGUGCUACGGAAGUCUAGAUGGGACAUGCGCGUUAAAUAGCACUGUGGCCAAGGCAGGAGACCCUGCAUGCCUGUACAACUUGAAGAUCUAUUUAGUUGGAGAUGUCUUUGCUACACUAGAUGGUUGUAACAAGUGUCUUUGUACAGAACGUGGCAUGCAGUGUACAAUGAAGGCGUGCAGUUCAGCAGGAUUUGCAACGCCAAGUAAAGAGCCCAUAUACGGGGAAUGCUUGUACAAUGGUGGGUGGUACAGACAUCAGACCCAGUGGUUGACACGUGAUGGAUGUAACACGUGUUACUGUCAUUCUAUUGGGAACUACCAAGGAGGUUACGAGUGCACAAAAAGUAAAUGCCCUUGCAGUGCAGUAAACCAACCUGAAAUCACGGCAACGUGUACAUGUGGGUCAAUCGGAAGCACGUACAAAAAGGGUGACAUAUUGGUAGAUGAUCAAGUAUGCGGAGUUUGUCUCAGUUAUGGAUUUGGCAUACGGUGCUACGGAAGUGUAGGGACAUGCGCUUUAAAUGGCACUGUGGCCAAAGCAGGUGACCCUGCAUGUAUGUACAACUUUAAGAUAUAUUUAGUUGGAGAGGUCUUUGCUACGCUAGAUGGUUGUAACAAAUGUCUUUGUACAGAAAAUGGCAUGCAGUGUACAAUGAAGGCGUGUAGUUCAGCAGGAUUUACAACGCCAUCUGAUUACGGGGGAGAAUGCUUGUACAAUAAUGGAUAUUACAAACGUCAUACCCAGUGGAUGGCACGUGAUGGAUGUAACACGUGUUACUGUCAUUAUAUUGGGAGCUACCAGGAAGCUUAUGAGUGCACAACAAGUACAUGCCCUUGCAAUGCGGUAAACCAACCUGAAAUCACGGGUUAA